UCAGUUUUCAAGUUGUAAGACUUCAUGUAUGGCCUUGUAAUAUAAAAAUACUUAGAUACUUGCGUCUUGCGCUUACUUAUUUUUUGUUGUACCAAGUAGUACGUAAUAAUUUUCCGAGUCACAACAAAUCAGCAUAAAUUUAUCGUUGUCAUGAAGUUUGCAUUUGUUUGAAUCAUAUAAAGGUGUUCGUUGAAAAGUUUCCUUAACAUUCAAGUGCGGCUUUUCUAUACGGUGGAUGAAUAUUUGUUUCAUUUUAGAGAGGUUUUAUUUUAAUCGUAAAAUAAAAUAUCUAUGUGUUUCGCAACUCAACAUUUAUAAAAUCUUUUACGCGAGAAUGGGUUUACUUACUGAGGGAAGUCCAUUGACUUGGGAAGAAACCAAAGCUUUAGCAGAACAUGUCCGGCAACACGGCGUAGAACAAUUUAUAAAUUUGUAUAAAAAGCUAAGGGACCGAACCGGUGAUGUGCUUAAAUGGGGUGAUGAAGUUGAAUACAUUAUAGUGAAAUUUGAUGAUGAAAAUAAACGAGCUACAGUCAGUCUAAGAGCUGCUGAAUUACUUCCUGAACUACAAAAGAAAGAACUUGAAGAUCCUGAAAAUGCCAAGUCUCUUUGGCGUCCAGAAUAUGGAGCAUAUAUGAUAGAAGGAACUCCAGGGAAACCAUAUGGAGGACUUCUAGCACAUUUCAACAUAGUGGAGGCAAAUAUGAAGUUUCGCAGAGCUGAAGCAAGUACUUUAUUGAAAGACGGAGAAGUUAUUAUGAGUAUUACUAAUUUUCCAAGAUUAGGCUGUCCAGGGUUCACAAGUCCACCAUACACACCGACACCAAACAGUGGUGUAUCUUUGUCUCGCUUCUUCCCUGACGAAGCAAUAUUUCCUGGUCAUCCUCGUUUUAAGACAUUGACUUCGAAUAUAAGGGAGAGACGGGGCGGAAAGAUGGAAAUCAAUUUACCAAUAUACCGCGAUGUUAAUACCAAGAUACCUGUAGAUAAUUGUCACGAGCUUGAUAAGGGAUUGGCGAAGCCCGACUGCGUGUACAUGGACGCGAUGGGCAUGGGAAUGGGAUGCUGUUGUCUUCAGUUGACGUUUCAGGCGUGUUGUAUUACUGAAGCGAGGACGUUAUAUGAUCAGCUGGCACCGCUCUGUCCAAUAAUGUUGGCCUUAUCAGCGGCCUCGCCGGUCUACCGCGGAUUCCUCACAGAUGUCGAUUGUCGUUGGAACGUGAUUUCUGGGUCAGUGGACUGUCGCACGCGCGAAGAGCGUGGCCUCGAACCGUUGAAGGACAACAAAUUUCGCAUACAGAAAUCAAGAUAUGAUUCAAUCGAUUCCUAUCUAUCGGCUGAGCAUGAAAAAUACAAUGAUAUACAAAUAGUUCACGAUCCAAAGAUUUACCGUCGUCUUCGUGAAGGUGGGAUUGAUCAUCCAUUAGCAAUGCACGUGGCGCAUCUCUUCAUACGAGAUUCGGUUUCAUUAUUCACCGAAAAGGUUAAUCAGGAUGAUGAAAAUGACACUGAUCACUUUGAGAACAUCCAAUCGACAAAUUGGCAGACCAUGCGCUUUAAGCCACCCCCACCGAACUCUCGUAUCGGAUGGAGAGUGGAAUUCCGUCCUUGCGAAGCUCAGCUGACAGAUUUUGAGAAUGCGGCGUACGUCUGCUUUGUAGUGCUGUUGACAAGGGUCAUACUGUCCUAUAGACUCAACUUUGUGAUGCCUAUUAGUAAGGUGGAUGAGAACAUGCAACGCGCGCAACGACGUGGCGCGUGUACGCAACAGAAGUUUUGGUUCCGUCGAGACGUGCGCUCGCCCGACGUGGACGCGUACGCUGAGAUGACAAUCGAUGAGAUUGUUAAUGGAAAGGAUGGCGUAUUCCCUGGUCUGAUACCGUUAAUCGAGUCAUACCUCUCCGGUAUGGAUGUGGACGCGGACACACAUUGCUCAGUACAGCAAUACUUGAAGCUCAUACAGCGGAGGGCGUCUGGUGAAAUUUCAACUAUGGCCACCUGGAUCAGACAGUUUGUCACUUCACACCCGGAAUACAAAAAAGACUCGGUGGUGACGGAGAAAAUAAAUUAUGACCUUUUAAAAACUGCCCACGGAAUCCAAACUGGAACAAUCCCGGCGCCAUCAUUACUUGGAGGAAGCAACGUUUCCAAAACCAAUGACGACAUUCCUACAGCAUUCAAAGAUUGUCCCUAGACACUCAUAAAGUAAUUGAGUGGAUGUUCUCACGCGCAGUGUUUUCAGAUUAGACAAAAUUUUUAGAUAAAUUUAGUAGAUUUUGUAAUAACAAGGAAUAUUUUAUUUUUUUUUUCAAUUCUGAGGGUAGAAAGAAGUACCCUCUCAUUUCAUACAAAAAGUUGUUUGACGUUUAUUUUCCAAUUAUCUAUAAAAACUGUAUGUAUUGGUUUAUUAUUUACUGAACUUUAAAAAAAAAUAAGUGGGUAUUUUAGAAAAAAUAUUUGAAGUUGAAUAUUUACUGAAUUUUUAUUAUUAAAACACUGUAAUUUUUCUGGCAAUAUUAACCGAUCUGGAAGCACUGCUACCAGUGCCUUCUAUUGAUUUUUUUUUUCAAAAACUUGUCUAUACUUUUUAUACUCUUGCCAAUUGUCCAAUUGUCAUUGGUGAAUAUUAAAUUAUUUUAAUAUGUCUGACUAUCCGAAUUCUUAUUUUCAUAGAAACUGAAUCAAAUUGUUCUAUUCGAUUUUUUUUCGAUUUAGAUUUUGUGUCUAAAUUAAAUUUAGUCGCUAUAACCACCAAAUUUACGAUUUGGAAAAAGAUUUACUUAAUUUUUGAAUGCUAAUUAAAUAACAUAAAUAAUUAAUAUAAUGAAGACGAUAUUUUGCCAGUUCUAAAGAAAGCUUAUAAGAUAAAUCAUUUCAGCGCUUAUAAGAUAAAUAUUACCAGAUUUUGUUUUAAAACUUUGAAAGCACUUACUUCCGUCGACUGAUAAUAAAUCUUUGGGGAGUUUUUUUUUAAAUCUUGGAAGCAAAACACAAUUAUGACAUAAGUUACAGUGAGUUUGACAAAACGCUAAAUAAGAGGUCUGUGCAAAAACAGAAAUACUUUGCAAUAUGUGUGCGUAAUAUAAUAUUGGCAUUGUGUGUGACCACACAUUAAUUUUAUAUUACGUAACCAUAUUCUUACAAAUUCAACGGAUCACGCCGGGUAAAGAUCUUAAUACGUAAAUCGAAAAUGUAGAACGAAAAACACGCUUGUAUGGAAAAGUUAGUAGUAUGAAAUUAAUACGUAGUAGAAAUUAUCUUAUACGAAAACUUACGAAAGUAUCGUACUUAGUUUUAUUAAAAACUCACUGUAUUUUACUUAUUGUUAUUUAAUAUAAUUUUUAAUGAAUUUAAAUCUUACAUUUUUAUCCAUUAGGUAUUCUUGAGAUAUUUUUAAAGCAUUUAAAAUAUUGGUUGCGUGGUUGUGAGCAAUUUUAUGAUGGACGUAAUAUAAUUUUUAUGAAUAUAAUCUUAAAAUUAGUUGUCAUAGUUUAGAUUUAUUUAAAUGUUUGGAUAUGAUAAAUUCAUUCGUUUCAUACCAUGAACAUGUAAAUAAUGUUCACCAGCGUGGAUAUUUGGUUUUUGUAUUUCCAUUGCAAUUUCAAUUUAUUGGAUUAUUAAUUCGAGAAGAAAUACACUAUAGCACGGAUUUCUGCCUGUGUCGGGUUUAUUGUCCCUGUAUCGUAAAGGGAGCGUUCAAGUAUGACGUUACGCAAUUUUUGGAGAUUCUUGACCCCCCUCUCCCCCACAACGCGCCAUAACGUUUUUCUGUACCAGUAAAACGUUUCGUGACUACCUACACCACCUGUUUGUACCUAAAAGUUACCAUUAUGUGGUGUAAAGUACUGUAAAGACGAAAAUAAUAUUAAUUAAAACGCGUAAUUCUAUCCCCGCCCCGCAACUUUUUACAAAAGGACCAAAAAUUUGUUACGUAAUAAUUGAACGCUCCCAAAGCUAUAUUUAGAUUAUGUGAGAAAUUUAUUUACUUAACAGCGAUCAUCAGA